GUUUUACGCAAGCGCAGUAUGAGCUGUUUGUCUUGUUUCUCUGGUCCAGUUACUUGCGAAAGGGAAUCGAGUGUCAGUUUCGGUGGAGAAAAGCAAGUGUACCCCGCACUAGGGCUUUCUCUGUGAGGAGCGGAGAGGUGGCGGGGGGGGGAGGAAGAUCCGGGUCCACUGCUGGGGAUUCAUAAUUGUAGCAGCAGCAGGUGACGAAUAACUUACAACCGACAAUCGAGGGAAAUACAAAGCUAUAUGUUAUUUUAUCAUUUUUUGUGUUGUUUUUUUUUUGUUUUUUUUUUUAAAUAAAAUAAAGCAGAGCGGAAUUGUGCGUUCAAUUUUGCUUUGGCAAAUGGAGUAACUAUUCCUAAGCUCAUACUCUGUUUAACUAUUAUUUCUGCUAGUGUUUGGAACCCGAUAUUGCUGUAUUGAGCUCGGCUUUUGGAUUUUAACAGUACAGUGACGCGGACCUUGGAUAAUUGAAAUAGCCAAGAUGAUGCGCUUUCUGCGUCGGACCUUCGGCCGGCAGUCGAUGAGGCGGUAUCAAUCACCAGAUGAGCGGGACGGGAAAAGCACAGGCGGUACUGGGACGCUGCCACACCCGCACUUGCACCAGCAGCAACUGCAUCACGUCCCGACCGUGGUGACUGGAGGAGCCGUGGUUCACAUCCCAGCGGCGGGCAACAGUAAGUCGGUGCUGACCUGCCGGGUCCUGCUGUUAGACGGGACAGAUGUCAGUGUGGAUCUGCCGAAAAAUGCAGAUGGACAGGAUCUCUUUGAACAAAUUUUGUUCCAUUUGGACUUGGUGGAAGUAGAUUAUUUUGGCUUACAAUACAUGGAUGCAGAACAAGUUUCUCACUGGCUAGAUUACACAAAGCCUAUAAAGAAGCAAAUAAAAAAUGGGCCUCCAUACACUUUACACUUCAGAAUAAAGUUCUAUUCUUCAGAGCCAAAUAACCUUCAUGAAGAAUUUACAAGGUACCUGUUUGUGUUACAGCUUAGACAAGACAUCCUUUCGAGCAAAUUAAAAUGUCUGUAUGAUGUUUCUGUAGAACUGGCUGCCUACUGUCUACAAGCUGAGCUCGGAGACUGUGACCCUCAAGAACACUCCCCCGAGCUGGUGUCAGAGUUCAGGUUCAGCCCCAAUCAGACAGAGGCCAUGGAGCUGGACAUCUUCCAGAAAUGGAGAGAGUUCAGGGGGAAGAGCCCUGCUCAAGCAGAACUGAGCUUUCUGAAUAAAUGUAAAUGGCUGGAGAUGUACGGAGUAGAUAUGCAUGUGGUAAAGGGCCGAGAUGGCUGUGACUAUGCAUUGGGACUCACGCCAACAGGGAUAUUGGUCUUUGAAGGGCCCAACAAAAUAGGCUUGUUCUUCUGGCCAAAAAUUACCAGGAUGGAUUUUAGAAAGAGCAAACUGACUCUUGUUGUAGUGGAAGAUGAUGAACAGGGCCGUGAACAGGAGCACACGUUUGUUUUUCGGUUGGAUAAUGCCAAGUCGUGUAAGCACUUGUGGAAGUGCGCGGUGGAGCACCAUGCUUUCUUCAGGUUGAGGCAGCCGACGCAUGGCAGGGCGGGCAAAAACGACUUUGUGCGCCUCGGUUCCCGGUUUAGAUUCAGUGGUCGAACAGAGUAUCAGGCAACUCACGGCAGACUACGGCGGACGAGCACGUUUGAAAGGAGGCCCAGUAAACGGUACCCGUCACGAAGGCAGUCCACUGUUAAAGCAAGCAAUCCAACAAAAGCUGCACACCUGAGUGCUCAGAACAACCCAGAUGCUAAUAUCUAUCCGGCUCAAUAUAAACAAAACAUUCCCUCAGCUCACGAGCACUGGCAUGCUGCCCAUCCUGUACACCCUGCUCAGCAGCCUCACCUCGCAUACCCUGCGGGUGGAAGCUACCCCCUGAAAGCAGCGCCAGCUGUGAAGAACACGCAUCUGGAGCAGUUCAAUAUAGAGGAGAAUGGAGGGACUCCCUACACCAACAAAGUGUUAGGAAGAUGCCAACAUCAUCACCAUCACCACCACCCCAGCUACGGGCUCAUCACCAUGGACUGCAGAGAGGCCCUAGCAACCGUCCAGAAUGUGAACAAGUUGAACGAGGAGACGGCGGCCCGUCUGAAGCAGGUCGAGGUGGAGGCGAACAAGGUGUCUGGACCCUGGCCAGCUCUGCACAUCAAUAUCAAUAACAAGGGUGAAGAGAAGCGGCUGUCUGAUAAGAGCCUGCAUUCCCCUGCCGCUCCCUCGGCAGUCCCCGACCACAUGAAGUGUAACAUUCUCAAAGCACAGAUGGACGCAGCCUUCAGGGUGGGGGCGCAGGUUCCGAAAGAGGAGGGAGCCAUGUCGGACCACAGCGUGCAGGAACACGAUGGGAGGGGUCCAGCGUCUUUGCAGGAUAAAUGGGCAUCAUGCGCAGCACCGGAAAAACGUGAGACCAAACCUCCCCGUCUCAAGAAGCUGGUCAGGCAGUACAGCUUCAGUCACAGCGACGAGGACGACCUCCCUGCUGCCCUGGCUAUGAUUUCUGGUGAGAGCAGCACAGAGAAGACAGCAUGCCAGACAGUGUCCCCAACAUCCCCCUCCACUGCGGGGCCAGCAGCCAGUGGAGCCAAGAUAAAAACAGUACCUUCUGACCCAGCAGAAUCCUUUUUUGAUCCAUUUUCAUCUGUGCCACAAUUCCCAUUCAGCAAGGUAGAUUUACCAGUCUUGGACAAGCGGUUGACAUGCUGCGAUCAUCCCUCAUCUCCAGUCCAGCUGCAGCUGCGUUCCCAUGGGCACUCAGGACGAUUGCAGACUGACCCACUACCAUCCCCACAGGCAGUGCAGAGAAAUGCAGCCUUGAUGGACAGUGCUGAGGCUUUGAGACGAGAGCUGGAGAGAGAGAAGCUGCUGAAAAGGCUUCUGAUGACAGAGCUGUGAGAAGGGUGCACUGGACGUCCUGUGUGCCUUUGGUCUGUUUACAUUCCUCUGCCCACCUAUCAAAGAACCUCCCCAUCACAGAGUACCGUUUACACAGCCCAGAACCUGUACUGCAUAGCACUGAUGAGGAUGAUCAAUGUCUGCUUGGCUAUAGUGAUGCUGCUAGAAUUGAACUGUAAGUGUGUGGGUUUUUUUGUGUGGUUAUUUUUAAUCCUAUGUUGUUGUUUUUAAAAUGCAAAAUGAAUUUACACAGUAUGGUUAAGUAUUUAAGUAUUAACAAUAUAUAUUGGCACAAAUAAUCAAUGCGAAAGAAACCAUGUGGCAAUUCCUGUGAUUUAUAACUGCUUUCUAGUAAAACAAAAAAUGUGUCUUUUUCAAUGAGGUGCUUCUUUCUCCAUCAACUUAUCCACAGCUAUAGAAUCCCAGUUACGAUAGUAAAAACAUGUUAAAAUGGUUGCUAGUACACUUAGUUUAAAUUGGUAUAAUGUUAUCAGGCCAGGAACUGAUGAUGUUCGGUAAUGUACUACUGCCAUUGGAACGGCAUUUGAGUCAUCAAAUCAACCAAAUGCAGGGCUUGAUUCAUGAGCAAACUCAAAAGUGUAUAUGAUGACAUCAUCAAAGCAUCUCUGAAUAAUACAAAACUGCACUGAAUCACAACUGUAUUUAACUGCAGUAUUUGAUACCAUGUACUGGUGCGGCAAUGCAUUGAUUUCAGAUUGAAGCUGUUCUGGUUCAAUUAACAAAUUUCUGAUGUCUGGCAGGCAUUAGUUCCUAAAUA